UGCCCCAGAACAGGGAAUCAUAUUACUGCAAGAACUUUGCUGAAACAAAGAAGAUAAAUUGGACAAAUGGGAAAUUAUAAAUCUAGACCAACCCAGACUUGCACGGAUGAAUGGAAGAAGAAAGUCAGUGAAUCCUAUGCCACAGUCACGGAGCGGCUGGAGGACGACCUGCAAAUCAAGGAAAAGGAGCUGGCAGAGUUAAAGCAUGUUUUCAGCUCGGAUGAAGCCUUCUGCAAAGUGAACCUGAAUUACCGCACGGAGAACGGGCUCUCGCUGCUGCACCUGUGCUGCGUGUGUGGGGGCAACAAAUCCCACAUCAGAACUCUCAUGCUGAAAGGGCUGCGCCCAUCCAGACUAACAAGAAAUGGAUUUACAGCUCUGCACUUGGCAGCUUAUAAGGACGACGCGGAGCUGCUGACGGCGCUGCUGCACGGCGGGGCCGACAUCCAGCAGGUCGGGUACGGCGCGCUGACCGCCCUGCACGUCGCCACCAUCGCCGGCCACCGCAAGGCUGUGGACAUCCUGCUGCAGCACGGCGCCUACGUGAACGUGCAGGACGCCGUGUUCUUCACGCCGCUGCACAUCGCUGCCUACCGCGGCCACGAGCAGGUAACCCACCUGUUACUGAAGUUUGGAGCCGAUGUGAAUGCGAGUGGUGAAGUUGGGGACAGACCUCUCCACCUGGCUGCUGCCAAAGGCUUUCUCAACAUCACAAAGCUUUUGAUGGAAGAGGGAAGCAAAGCUGAUGUGAAUGCUCAGGACAACGAAGAUCAUGUGCCUCUGCACUUCUGCUCUCGGUUUGGGCACCAUGAUAUUGUGAAGUUCUUACUGCAGAGCAGCUUCGAGGUGCAGCCCCACGUGGUGAAUAUCUAUGGAGACACACCUCUGCACCUUGCCUGUUACAAUGGGAAGUUUGAAGUUGUCAAGGAAAUAAUUCAGCUCUCAGGAACAGAAAGUCUCACUAAAGAAAAUAUAUUCAGUGAAACAGCUUUCCACAGUGCUUGCACCUAUGGAAAGAACAUAGAACUUGUCAAGUUUCUUCUUGACCAGAAUGUCGUAAGCAUCAAUCAUCAGGGGAGAGAUGGGCACACAGGAUUGCACUGUGCUUGCUACCAUGGCCACAUUCGCCUUGUGCAGUUCUUGCUGGAUAACGGAGCUGAUAUGAAUCUUGUAGCUUGUGAUCCCAGCAGGUCCAGUGGAGAAAAGGAUGAGCAGACCUGUCUGAUGUGGGCUUAUGAGAAAGGUCACGAUGCAAUUGUGACCCUCCUGAAGCAUUACAAGAGACCUCAGGAUGAAUCCCCCUGCAACGAAUACUCCCAGCCUGGAGGAGAUGGUUCCUACGUGUCAGUGCCAUCCCCGCUGGGGAAGAUUAAAAGCAUGACAAAAGAAAAGGCUGAUGUGCUCCUCCUCCGAGCUGGUUUGCCAUCACACUUCCACCUGCAGCUCUCUGAGAUAGAGUUCCACGAGAUCAUUGGCUCAGGGUCUUUUGGAAAAGUCUAUAAGGGACGAUGUAGAAAUAAAAUUGUUGCAAUCAAACGUUACCGAGCCAACACCUACUGCUCCAAGUCUGACGUGGACAUGUUCUGCCGCGAGGUUUCCAUCCUGUGCCGCCUGAACCAUCCCUGCGUCAUCCAGUUCGUGGGAGCCUGCCUGGAUGACCCCAGCCAGUUUGCCAUUGUCACCCAGUACAUCUCUGGGGGAUCGCUCUUCUCCCUGCUCCACGAGCAGAAGAGAAUUCUUGAUCUGCAGUCUAAAUUAAUCAUUGCUGUAGAUGUGGCCAAAGGCAUGGAGUACCUCCACAAUCUCACGCAGCCCAUCAUACAUCGGGAUCUGAACAGUCACAAUAUUCUCCUGUAUGAGGAUGGUCAUGCAGUAGUCGCUGAUUUUGGAGAAUCUCGAUUUCUGCAAUCCCUGGAUGAAGACAACAUGACAAAACAACCUGGGAACCUGCGCUGGAUGGCCCCUGAGGUGUUCACCCAGUGCACAAGGUACACCAUCAAAGCCGAUGUCUUCAGCUACGCUCUGUGCCUCUGGGAGCUGUUAACGGGGGAAAUUCCCUUUGCUCACCUGAAACCAGCGGCAGCAGCAGCAGACAUGGCUUAUCACCACAUCCGCCCCCCCAUCGGCUACUCCAUCCCCAAGCCCAUCUCUGCCUUGCUGAUGAGGGGCUGGAACGCCUGUCCUGAGGGCAGACCAGAGUUUUCAGAAGUUGUCACAAAGUUAGAGGAGUGUCUGUGCAAUAUUGAGUUAAUGUCUCCGGCCUCCAGCAACAGCAGCGGGUCCCUGUCUCCCUCGUCCUCGUCGGACUGCCUGGUGGCGCGCGGUGGCCCCGGGCGCAGCCACGUGGCCGCGCUGCGCUCGCGCUUCGAGCUGGAGUACGCCGUCAACGCGCGGGCCUACGCGGCCUGGGCGCAGCGCACUGGGCAACCCCCGUCUCAGGGCCUGUCUCUGGAUGACAUGAGAAGGAACUUCCAGUACCCACCCGUGGACCAAAACGGGUACGUGUCCGACCCCUUGAGCACCAUGAGGUUCCACUCCUGCAGCAGCAGCUUGGAGGACAGCAGCUGAGGGAGGGAGGGAGCGUCCACCUGCCCCAGCCCGGCCACCACCACGGAGCCCUGAGUGUCACACUGACAUCCCCGGCCUGAGCAGCUUAAUGUUGAUGACAGAUGUCCCUGUCCUGCAUUCUGCUUCUGCAUCUCCCUCAGCUGAUCACCCCGUGCCCUGCAGCAGCAGCUCUGACCAUGGGGCAUUUAAAAAGAGAACAGAGGCAGGGCAGCAGAAGUUGAACUCUUCCUCUAGAAGCAAUUACAGAAUUAAUCACACUGGUAUUUUCUGGGGUCUUUUUUCAAAUUAACAGAAGUUAUCUGUAAGACUGUCUGUGUGGCCAAGGCAGAGCUGCCUUCCUGGCUGAGCAGGAAUCAGUAUUUCCCGUUGAUUGGCAGGGUUCUGUGGUGUUAUUGAGGAUGUUGUUUUUCUCCAGCCAUGAUCCCUGAAGCAGGCCUGCAAAGUGGCCUCAAGCAGUGUGACAGACAUGAGCUAGGACUGCAUGGUGGGCUCUGAUAAUGCUUCAAUGACACACCUGUCAUUACUUCAAUAGUGCUAAAGCAAUAAAAAUGGGGAAGAUUUCACUAA